UCGGCAUUCGAACGUUUCAGUCUCGAAAAUCCAUUCGUGCAUUGUGGACACGAAAUAGUUGAGUGAAUAACCUGGAACUUGCAAGUUUCAUACAGGCGAUUGUAAUAUAAACAUACACAUAUUUUUACGAACGACCUUUUAGUGUACAAAAUAGUGUUAAUUAACUAUCGAAAUGGCAACACCCAACAAAAAGAAUAUGGAGACCGGUCAAGCGUUCGAUUCCAAUGCCAUGACAUUGACGCGGUUUGUGCUGCAGGAGCAACGCAAGUUCAAACAUGCCACCGGCGAUCUCUCACAAUUGCUCAAUUGCAUACAGACAGCGAUCAAGGCCAUCGCCUCGGCGGUGCGUAAGGCUGGCAUAGCCAAAUUGCAUGGCAUAGCCGGCGAUAUCAAUGUACAAGGUGAGGAGGUGAAGAAGCUAGAUGUACUUUCGAAUGAACUUUUUAUCAAUAUGUUAAAAUCGUCAUACACCACGGCGCUGCUGGUGUCCGAAGAGAAUGAAAAUGCGAUUGAGGUGGAGUUGGAGCGACAGGGCAAAUAUGUGGUCUGCUUCGAUCCGCUCGACGGUUCUUCGAACAUCGAUUGUUUGGUCUCGAUCGGUUCAAUCUUCGCCAUUUAUCGGCGUCAAACCGAAGGUGAACCCACCAUACAAGAUGCAUUACAGCCGGGUAAUAAAAUUGUUGCCGCCGGUUAUGCGCUUUAUGGUUCAGCCACUGCUAUUGUAUUGAGUUUGGGUGCGGGCGUUAAUGGUUUCACUUACGAUCCGGCAAUUGGUGAAUUCAUUUUGACCGAUCCGAAUAUGCGUGUACCGGAAAAGGGUAAAAUCUACUCGAUUAACGAGGGUUAUGCCUACGAUUGGGAUGCGGGCGUAUUUGGUUAUAUUGCCGCUAAGAAGGAUCCCAGCAAGGGUAAACCAUAUGGUGCACGCUAUGUUGGCUCGAUGGUGGCCGAUGUACAUCGCACCAUUAAAUAUGGUGGUAUUUUUAUUUAUCCUGCAACUAAGUCCGCACCAAACGGUAAAUUGCGUCUGAUGUACGAAUGCAAUCCGAUGGCAUUUUUGAUGACACAAGCCGGCGGUUUGGCCAGUGAUGGACGCAUUGACAUUUUGGAUAUUGUGCCGCAGAAAAUACACGAACGCAGCCCCAUUUUCCUCGGUUCCAAGCAGGAUGUGGAGGAAGCGUUGAGUUACGUGCAAGCCGCGCAAAAGUAGCUGAAAAGCGCGAAAGUUUAGGUGCGAAAACACAGCUAAACAUUUAUUGUAUUUGUGUUUUGCUCACGUUUGACUUAUUACUGACUAAGAAAUUGCCAAUAUAAGUUUAUUGUUUACUAGCCUAAGAUGAUGAUGCCUGAUUAAGUUAUAUGAAAAU